UAUUUUAGCUCUCGGUUCAUUUUGUUUCCUUCUUUCGAGCCGCUGUACAGGAAGUUAUCUUUUUCCGUUUCCGGUACGUCGCUCUUCUUUCCAACAUGGCGGCCUCCAUCACGCUCCGCUCCUCGGUGCUCCGCCGGUCUCUGCUCGGUUCUCUCCGCCUCUCCGCUCCCUCCGCGGGGCUCCGUCGGUGUUCUUCGGCUCCAGACCAGACACAGUCCGGGAUUAUAGAGUCCACGGAGGAGUACAGGUUCGUGGAGCGGCUCAUCCCUCCGUCUCGAGUCCCCGCUCCGCCGAAACACUCCGGUCCUGCACCGUCAGGAUGGAUCCCUCCGCCGGAGUCUCCCCCGGACCUCCCCUACAUGAUCCGCCGCUCCCGCAUGCACAACAUCCCGGUGUACACCGACCUGACCCACGGUAACCGGAAGAUGACGCUGGUACGGAAAGUGGAAGGGGACAUUUGGGCUCUGGAGAAGGACGUGAAGGAGUUCCUAAAGGAGGUGACCGGAAAUGACCUGCCCACUCAGGUGAACGAGGUCACCAUGACCCUAAAGGUCAAAGGUCACUUUGAUGUGGAGCUCAAGGACUGGUUGGCAAAGAAAGGAUUCUGACAUCACAGCUGAAAGGUGAUGGACUCCUCAGUCCACCUUGGACCUUCAGAUGCUCCACCAUGAGACUCGGUCCUGGACAAGACCAGAUCAGACCCUCAGAGUCCCUGAGAGAGGACUAAACCCGGAUUAUUGAAGAACCAGGACCAGUUAGACCCUUCAUGAUGGACUUACUUUGGUUAAAACCCUCAGAUCAGACCCUCAGAGAGGACUAACCCUGGACUAUUGAAGUACCAGGACCAGUUAGACUUAUUUUGGUUAAAACCCUCAGAUCAGACCCUCAGAGACCCUAAGAGAGGACUAAACCUGGACUAUUAGAGCACCAGGACCAGUUAGACCCUUCAUGAUGGACUUACUUUGGUUAAAACCCUCAGAGACCCUGAGAGAGGACUAAACCUGGACUAUUAGAGCACCAGGACCAGUUAGACCCUUCAUGAUGGACUUACUUUGGUUAAAACCCUCAGAGACCCCGAGAGAGGACUAAACCUGGACUAUUAGAGUACCAGGACCAGUUAGACUAUUUUGGUUAAAACCCUGCAAACACCUGAAAUAUAAAAUAAAUGAAAUAUAAAAGC